CUCGUCAUGCAGAGAUCUCUCAAGAUUUUCUGGCAUGGACAUCACAGCGGAUCUGAGAGGGAAGCUGAGAGAACAAUCGCUUCGCUUCUGGUUAGGCAUUACAGACCGCACGCCAGAAGCGUCUUUGCAUCUAUAUGAUAGGAAUGUGGUGACGGGUAAAUUACGGGGAACAGAUUCCACAGCGGAGCUGUUCAAUAUUAGGGAUUUGAAAACUCCUGUUGGUAUCUACCCGGAAGCUCAAGUACGGUCAGGCGACGUGCGAUAUCUUACUAUUGAGCUGUAGAAUAGGCUAAGGCAGCGGACCAGUUGGUCCAGCCAUUCCAGUAAAGUGAAUACAUUAUACUACAUGAAAAUGAAGACCGGCCGCCUACGCAAGCCGAAAGACUGAUGUUCCCAUCCAAGGACCAGUAUCCGCCCUUCCACCACCCUACGGUUUACCUCCCUUCUUUCGCACCCCACCUUCAAAUCCUGGUCUUGGCUUUUUGCCCUUAUCUUUUUUCCCUUUUGAACCUUUGGGUGCAUUUCUGGCUUCUUGUCUCGCCUUCAGGUUCUCCUCUCGCUUUUUCUGUCGCUCCUCCUGCUCUUUCUUCACCUGCGCUUGUCUGUUACUCCAAGUGGUAGCACUCUUUUCCUUUGAUUUUUCCUUUCGUUUCACACUCUUCUUUAGGAGCUUCAAGUCGUCCUUGACCUUUUCUCCUUCUGCCUGUUUAAGCAGCUUGUUCCAUACCGCAGCUUCUUCGAUUGUCUCAGCCUUCUCCUUAUCCACUUGCUUCAGCUUUUCCAGCUUUUGUUUCUUUGCUUCAGCCUGUGAUAGACGUUGGACCUUUCCGCUUCUUUGCCACCUCAGCUAUACCAAAGUCAAGCUUGCCAAAUGUCACGUCCUCCUUAAUGGCUUUAGAGCCACCGUUCGCUUUGGUGUCCAUCUUUGAUGGUCCAUCAAUAGCCAUUCCCUGGGGACCCAUAUGUGAGUUACGUAUUUAAAUUAAACCAGUCAGCGUGAC